GUCGCUUUGAGUGGCACACGCGCGAUAAAAACACUUAUUUUUCACCUAACUAUGGUUUUAACUGGAAUGCUAACAGCUAACAGCGGCUGAACGUAUUAAAGUACGCCAUUUUCUUACGUAGACGCUCAGCGAUGGAAAGACACCAUUACCCGUCGUCCCUUUCGUGUGCAGUCACGAGGCUAGCUGCUGAGCUAGCUGCUCGCGCUGUUGUCGCUGCGGACCAUUCAAGCGAUGGGGUUCGUGUUGACAACUGGAGCGACGSCGUUUAAACUCCGCAGAAGCUGAAAGUUUUUGGUUUGUUUUUUUCAGCACGGCCGCCAUCAUGAUGCACCUGCAGGGAUGAUUCUGUCGGUGUUCGUCGUCUUCCUGCUGACCGUCUUUUACGAGGUCCUCAAAGUCUGGAGGGUGUCUCUGGGGAACGGGUUCCAACCGGACCCACCACCCGAGCCGGCAGAUGCCUCGUCCUGCAGCUGCAGCGAGGCCUCGCUGGCCCCCACAGAAACCCCCCUGAAUCCAGAUCCUGGAAGGACCAGGAAAAGCUGGGUGCUGCACCUGGUCCAGGCUCUGCUCCACGUCCUGCAGGUGACUCUGGGCUACAUGUUGAUGCUCUGCGUCAUGUCCUACAACACCUGGAUCUUCCUCGGGGUCAUCGCGGGCUCCGGCCUGGGUUACUUCGUCUCGUUCCCCCUCGUGCAGAGGCUGGGCGUCCUCGCCCGGGUCAAGCCCUGAGUGGGAGCAGAAGACUCACCUGAUGGUUCAGAAYGUUGGGAACGGCUCAAACCAGUUCAGGUUUCAGGUCCUGGAGGAGGAAGUGAGCCUCGUGACGUUCAGCCUGUAAAUCUCUCACAUCCUGUUUUUGUUUUUUAAAUGAUUUUCCACAUAAUGAGUCAAGAUGAGCUGACGGGGAUAAAAUGUUUUUGUUCUUAAAAAAAAAAACUAACAACUGAAAUAACUUUUAUUAGUUGUUUUUUUUUACAAACAUGAAAGUUAGAGGUUACACAAUAAAUAACUGCACUUUGGUCUCCCAUAAACUAAAGGAUUUAAAUAAUUUGAUGUACUAAAAAUAAAGAUGUCUCAAACAUUUCCUAAUAAAUUAAUCCCAAUA